CGUGCGCGAGAGACUGCUCACUGGUGUGUGGCUCUCACAGUUGCGGCGUCUCUUCCUUCUUCCUUCCUUUCGCUUCUUCUCCAGAAAUCCUCUCUAUCCUUAAGCCCAAGCUUGAAGCUCUCCUGCCAUGUCCAUAACCAUAUAACAAAGCUUCGUCACUUGUAGUUUUCUCCGUUUCGGGAAAUGCUAAACCGACUUCGUUACGGCUUCUCCGUGUCUUCUUCUCCAUUGCUAAGCCGUUGCUGAGUUUGGAUUUCGAUGAAUGUGCGCCCAUGCAUUUACUCGAGUUUGCGGCUACACAGCCUGCCUUGGGAAACCAUUUGGGUAUAUUUGGGGCUCACAAAGUUUCAAUAAUAUCAUCAAAACCAUUCAUUUCUGGAAAUGAGAAGAGAUUAUCAUCUGCUUGGAAGUUCUUUGGCAUAACUAAAAACUCGAACUUUAACUUGGGACGCCAUGAGAUGCCUAGUGGUGGACUCCUGAUUAAGGCAGUUGCUACACUUGAACCCAAGCGUUUGGUGAAUAAUGGUGAUAAGCACUCGGGUCCCAACAAGUCUCAGCUGGGUAUGGAUAACAGGCCUCCCACAGUUCAGACUCCGACUUCGAGUGAAGGUUUCGACAAUUUAGAUGAUAAAGAGAGGUUGAGACGGAUGAGAAUUUCUAAAGCAAAUAAAGGGAACACGCCAUGGAAUAAAGGAAAGAAGCACACUCCUGAAACCCUUCGGCGGAUAAGAGAAAAUACAAGGCUUGCAAUGCAGGAUCCUAAGGUCAAAAUGAAGUUGGUUAACCUUGGACAUGCUCAGACCUUGGCGACGAGGAAGAAAAUUGGGGCUGGAGUCCGAAUGGGGUGGCAAAGGCGACGCAAGAAGCUACUUUUGCAGGAAACUUGCUACUUCGAGUGGCAGAACUUAAUUGCAGAAGCUUCUAGGCGAGGCUUUGAUGGUGAAGACAAGCUGCAAUGGAAUUCCUAUGAGGUCUUAAAUGAACAGCUUAAGGAGGCCUGGUUGGAGAGUGUUGAGAAAAGAAAAUCAAUGCCUAGGCCAAAAGGAAGCAAGAGAGCACCCAAGUCCGCCGAGCAGAAGAGGAAAAUUUCAGAAGCAAUCUCUCGAAAAUGGGCUGAUUUUGGCUACCGUGAAAGGGUUGUUUCUGCAUUGGCCAGAUAUCAUGGUAUAGAACCAGGAACAGAAAGAAAGCCAAGGAGGAAGCCAAGUGACAGUUCACAGUCGCCGACAAGAAGCCCUGCGAAGAAAGAUUUGAAUGAUGCAAACAAGUCUUCCAAGAGUGAGAUGAAGAUCCAAACACCCCGACCAAAGGUGGGGAGACGCAAGGCACUGUUGUACAAAGAUCCUUUAGUGAGUUCUAAGCUGGAGAUGAUAAAAAACAUCAGAGCACAGAGAGCCGCUGCAGAAACCAAGAAGAUUGAAGCUAUUGAACGAGCUAGAUUAUUGAUUGCUGAAGCUGAAAAGGCAGCCAAGGCCCUUGAGGCUGCAGCAACGAAGAGCCCUAUUGCUCGAGCUUCUCUCAUGGAAACUAGGAAGCUUAUAGCUGAAGCAGUUCAAUCAAUCGAGUCUAUAGAAGCAGAACAGAUCACUUCUCAAGGAAAUGGUGAAGACCCUUCAGCCGUACCAGAUGAACUGGGUGGCCACGUUGAGAAGCAUAUUGUCGCCAUAGGCGAAGUUCCAGCCGAAGCAAAACCAUCGAAAGUAAACGGAACCCGAAUCUUAGCAUUAAGUAGAGAAGAGGACUCCCAUUUUGGCAAGGUAAACUUGCAAGAUAUAUUGAAUGGUGAGGAGGGACUCCUCUCAACGAGCACAAGUAACUAUGGUUUAUCGUCGUUUAGUUAUGAGACUCUAAUGAAGCAAUCCGAUCCAAGAAAUGAGAAUGGCCAAUUGGGGCCAAACAAAGAAAGUGAACAACAAGAGAUGCCUCACCUGAAUGGAGCCAGAGCUGAAAUUUCCAAUGACCAACAAACGCCUGCUGAAGUGGUAACAGUUACUAAAAAGUGGGUUCGUGGGAGGCUCGUUGAAGUGGCAGAAGGGGCAGCUUAGUGUCACUAGUUCCAACUUCCAAGGAAAUACCAUUGACUUUUGCCAAUGCAGAUUUUCAUUUCAACCUUUUGAAAUUACUAUACAUGUCUUGACCACAUCUGAAUAUUCUUCCUAGUAGUAUCUAAGGGCGCUGCUGCCUUGCUUUAUUGUACGAGGUUGGCUACUGCGGUUGUCAGUCUGUUACAUAGAGCUUAAAAUUUGUUUUGUAU